GCUAGCUAACAAAGGAAAGUUAAUUCAAAAACCCCCAAACCCACCCAACUUCAAAAUCUUCACUACUAACCAAAAACCUAGAAACAACAACGACCUUUGUCAAACAAAACCAAACCUUUCUUCAAUGUCUCCAACACCAUCAUCAAAACCAGAAACAAUCUUGAACAAAAGGUUCCUAAGUUACUUAUUAUGGCAAUCAAUACCCUCAACUUUCAUCUUCAUCUUCUCCUUUUCCCUUCUUCCCAAAACCCCAUUUUGGUCUUUUCUCCCUUUCAUUAUUUUCCAAUUCAUCUUCUCCGUUACUCUCUCUUCAAUUUCUUCACCUUCCCCACACCCCAUUUUUCUCCCUCGUAAUCUCAAGCUCUCACUCACUUUCUUCCUCUUUGUUAUCGCCUCCGCUUUCUCUGGUUCCGUUGCUGCGCUUUCGUUAUUUGGGUUUAACGAUAUUGGAAGAGUUGGGUUUAGGGGUUUUCUCGUUGGUUUGAUGUUUGGUUUUCAUUAUGUUUUUAAACGUCGUUGGGUUUUGGAGUUUCCCAUUAUUCAGCGUCCUCCUUUCUUCAACUUUAAGAUGGGAAUACCUUUGGCAGCUAAACGUGCUUUUAAGCUUUCCACUGUUGCUUUCAUUUUUUCUGCUGUUCUGAUAGAGAUUAUUCCACACCCUUUCAAGUGCAGCAUUGGUACGCGGGCAUUCUUUGCAGAGCAGAUUGUGUUUUUUGUUGCCAGUUUUGCUAUCUUCUUCUGUUGGGAAUUGACUCAUAAUUUACAUCGGGUUUUACAUACCAAGAGAUCCGUAUUUGCUCCCCCAAAAGGAUCAGCAGCUGCGGAAACAAAUCCAAGUGAGCACCUCCUUUCAGCUUUGGAGGAGAGUAAUCCGACAUCUCUUCUUCGAUAUCUUGCUUAUCUUGAUCUUUGUAUGGUGUGCGAGAACAAUGUUGAAACCUGGCGGCGUGCGGCAUUUUUUGAAGAAUCCGGUGAGACUUACAAAAGAGUAAUUUCUGUGUGCUUAAGGCCUCUGGAACAACUUGCCUCUAGAUUAGGUGAGGACUUGGGGAAUUCUGCCGACAAACCUACAAAUCUAUCGAAUCAGUUAUCCUCCCCAACAGAUGUGAAGCACGUAGAAGAGUUGUAUAACUUCCAGCUAUAUGCUUGGUGUUCAAGGAUUGUUGCCUCACUGACUGCCUGUUCACGCAAAGAAGAUAAGUUUGGGGCUGCUCAGCUUUCUGGGAGUAACGCUGCUGUUGUUUCGACCCUGAUAUCGUGCCUUCUUGCUGUCGAGAAUUUCAUGGGAAAGAAAACAAACCUGCAAUCACCAAAUCAGUUGUUGGGAUCUGGCGGUAUCAAAUGGGCGACAGCAAAUAGUGGAAGAUUAGAUAUUGCAACAGCUACUGGGAAAAGAAAAAAUGGGCCAGCAAAUUCAAAAGCUUAUGCUAUUGCUGAUGUUCUCAAGACAUCAAUCUACCAAAUAGUAUCUGCAUUCCACGAUGAAAUGUUGGCUGGUACUAAAGCAAGUCUUCUAGAGAAGGACUGGAUCACAAGCGAGAAACCACUUUUUGGUACUCGUGAAAUGCUUAUACAAAAACUGCGUCUUUUCCUUGAUUUUCGGGCUACCUAAGUGCUGUAUUGUAAUGGGUUUUAAUGCUACUUAAAUUAAUUAAACAACUUGGCUGUAAGAGGCUAUACAAAUAGGAUGUUGUCAAGUAGAGUUAUAUAGGUUGAGUGGUUGGAAAGAAAAGGUUCUCUCAAUUUUGUUGUCAGAAAUUUGAGAUGGAUAUUAAUCUGUAGUGAUUCUGUUGAACAUACUUGCAUUGACAGUUGAGUUAUGCAUUGGAUUUGCUUAUUCUUGAUUA